CACCAGUUGAGCCGGGUGCCUGAUGACAUCAGACACCCGACGACAGGAGAACGCUGGACCGGAUCGCGGAACGCCACGACAAGGCUCGGCGAGGAAAGGCCCUUCUCGGGACUGUUCGGUGCUGCAAGGACGCACAAUUGCACAGUUCGCCAUGACAACCUCCAACGUCCUAUCGCUUCCCUUCCGGAAGUCGUCGCAGAUAUCGCUCGCGUCGUCAAUCCGCCAGUACAUCUCCCAGAAGUACGACCAGCACCCGGAUAUGUUCCGCCAUGAUCUCGAAGCCAUCGACGCCCUCCGCCGCGAUGCCGUCAACGUCCGCGAAGCCCAUCCCAGCGGCAUCAAGAAGCUCCAAGCAUACGCCGCCCAGCUGGUGUGGAUGAGCGGGAAAUUCCCAAUAGACAUCGGCGCCGAUUUCUCCUGGUACCCCGCCCUCGGCUACCACACGGAGCAUCCGCUAGUCCAGAACAACAUCAAGUACGAGCUAAUGAACGUGCUAUACAACCUUGCCGCCCUCUACUCCCAGCUUGCUGUGGCAUCCAACCGCGGCAGCACCGAGGGGCUGAAGACGGCCGCGAGCUAUUUCUCUCAGGCGGCUGGGGUUCUGAGCCACAUGAAAGUCGUCGUCCUUCCCGAGCUUCGUAUGGCCAACCCGCCCGACGACAUGGACGAGGCCUCGCUCGAAUCCCUGAUCCAGCUCUUCUUGGCCCAAAGCCAGGAGACCUUCUGGCAGAAGGCGGUAACGGACGGAUACAAGGACGCCUCGAUCGCGAAGCUCGCAGCAAGCGUGUCGGAUCUGUACAACUUGGCCGGGGAGGCGGCGAUGCAGAGCGAGGCCAUCAGCUCGGCCUGGAUCCAUCACAUGAGCGCGAAGCACCACCACUUCGCUGCGGCCGCCCAGUACCGUGCCGCCUGCGACUGCUUGGAGAAGAGGAAGUACGGGGAGGAGGUCGCGCGCCUGGCCGACGCUCUCGCAUGCGUGAACGAAGGGUUGAGAGAACGCAAGGGAGGCUACAUCAGCAAGGCCGUGGUGGAGGACAUGCAGGGCCUCAAGAGGCGCGUAGAAGAGGGCCUGAAAAGGGCUGAGAAGGACAACAACAACAUUUACUUCCAGGUCGUGCCACCCAAGUCCGAGCUGAAGAUCCUCGACCGCGCCAACAUGGCUGUUGCCCGCGUUCCUCCCCAGGUCGCCAAGCCCUACGAUUACUUGGGGGAUCGCGCAGAAUUCGGCCCUGCGCUGUUCUCCAAGCUGGUUCCCUUCUCUGUUCAUGUAGCAAUCUCGAUCUACGAAGAGCGCAGAGACCGCCUUGUCAACAACAACAUCAUUGCGGAGCUAGAAGCAAUGACAGACCAGAUCCACCAGAUCCUGUCCAGCCUCAAUUUGCCAGGUUCGCUGCAAGCCCUGGAGAAACCACUGGGCUUGCCCAGCACGCUUGUCCAACGUGCCGAUGAGAUCCGCCAGGCCGAUGCGCUCAACAGGCUCCAACGAGGGCUCGCAGACAUCGACAAGCUCUGCGCGAGCGAUCGGGCGAUCUUUGAAGAAGGAAAAGCGCUACUGGCCGCCGAAGAAGAAGAGGACAGGAAUUUGCGCCUGAAGCACGGCACACAGCGCUGGUCGCGACCAGAGUCUCGGAUCGACCCGAGCCGCGACGGCGGGGCGAGGUUGUGGAACCAAGCGGCUGAGAUUGACGGCUACUUCGCAUCUAGCACCUCCAGCGAUGCCGUGGUGCGCGAGAAGUUCGCCGCUGUCAAGGACACGCUGGCUUUGCUCGCGGGCCCUGAUCGGGGCCUUUUGGACUACAUUCCCAACAGCCGGAAAACUGAGAUCCCCGAGCUUCUGAAGCCGGCCAUUGGGAAGCUGCGGGGCGCCUACAACGACGUGUUGCGGCUCGAGUCGAGGAGAAGGAAACGCGUCGAGUCACUGAGAGCCAGGAGCCGCGCAGACGAUGUCAAGUCGGAUAUCCUCGCGGAAGCGGCUCGCCUCGAGCGGACGUACCCCAAUACCGCCAUUGUGCCUGCGCACUUCGAGGACUUCUUCGACAAGCGCCUAGAUAGCACUUAUGAGUCUGAGCUCGAGGUAGUUGAGAAGGAGCGUGCAGAUCAGGAGAAGACCAUCGCGGACCUCCAGCGAGCCAACCGCGAGUUUGAGGCGCAGAAACGAAGCCUUGGCGAAAAGGGGAGCCACGACCGCGAGAAGGCACUGCAGCGGCUGGACAAUGCCUACUACAAGUACAAGGAGAUCGUCAGCAACAUCGAGGCUGGCCGGAAGUUCUACAACGAUCUCAGCCGGAUCGUGGAGCAAUUCCGGAAUCAGGCCCGCCACUGGGUCAACGAAAGGAGGAAGGAAGCGCGUGAGCUUGAGGAGUCAGUUCCCACAGCCCCACCCCCCCUGUCUGCCAUGAGACUGACGUGUAACUCUCGCGCCCCCAGGGAGAUCUCCAUGCCCCCUCUCUCAUCACUCUCCCUCAACCCCGUCCCAGCAGCACACCCGCCACAACCACCGCCAGCCACAACAUAUCAAAACUCUCCCCCCGCAUCGUACUACACCCAACGCCCGCCAACGCAGCCACAACCGCACAGCGCACGGCAGAGCGCGCCCGCCCCGCCGCCGCUGCAGCCCACGGAGCCCGCCCAGAUCCAGAGCUGUGCCGAUGACGUCCCGCCGCAGCAGCCUCGCCCGAUGCCGCCCGUCGCGCCGAUGGCGAACAUGCAGGGCGCCUGGACCCCUGAGAUAGGCAUCAGGUUCGCGGGCUCGCCUGCUCCUCCUCCUGCUGCUGCUGCUGCUGCUGGGGGGAGCAACGGGGGUAAUAAUGCGCAGGGCGGGAGGCAGGCGGCGGCGGCGGCUACUAAGCCGCCUGUGCGAGGGACGUGGGAGCCUAGUGCGGGCAUCCGGUUUGGUUAGGUAGGUUUAUUCGUUGCUUGGUGGUUGGUAGUGUUUUAGAUUAAACAU